AUUUGCAUGUCUAAUAAGGGCGGCGGCCAUGUUGGAUUCCCAUGCACGCUGAGUUUAACCACCCAAAGUAACAAGCAGUUUAAGCGUUCUAAAUUCCCUAGAAAGGGUACCGCGAAUUGCAAUCCAGCAUCGCCGUGGUCUAGCCAGCCAGACUGGCUCAAAAAGUCUGCGGGAGUUAACCAAUUCAUGCAAGUUGGAAGCAAAUUCUCGACAAAGUAAGCUGUUUUCUGGACGGAAUAUGUCGAGAGAAGGGGGAAACCUCAGCCAGAACUACAAACUGGUGGUCGUCGGUGGCGGAGGCGUCGGAAAAAGUGCCCUUACCAUUCAGUUUAUUCAGUCCUACUUUGUGACAGAUUAUGACCCUACAAUAGAAGACUCCUACACAAAGCAGUGUGUUAUAGAUGAUGAGGUGGCCAGAUUAGACAUUCUGGAUACAGCAGGACAAGAGGAAUUCAGUGCCAUGAGGGAACAGUACAUGAGGACAGGAGAGGGGUUUGUGCUGGUCUUCUCUGUAACAGACAGAGGCAGUUUUGAUGAAGUGUACAAGUUCCACCGUCAGAUCCUGAGGGUGAAGGACAGAGAUGAGUUCCCCAUGUUACUGGUGGGCAACAAGGCAGAUCUGGAUCAACAGAGAGUGGUUACUCAAGAGGAGGGUCAGGAGUUGGCCAGGCAGCUGAGGGUGGGAUAUCUGGAGGCCAGCGCCAAGACCCGCUUGAACGUAGACCAAGCAUUCCACGAACUUGUUAGAAUAGUCAGGAAAUUCCGAGCGGAGGAAUGUCCACCCGUAGACGAAACCAAGCAAAAGAAGCGCAGGAGAUGUACCAUCUUGUGAGACCGGCAACCUGCCUCGCUCACACCCUACAAGUACAUAGUGUAUCCAUAAAGAAAAAAUCUGACUUUUUUAAAAAUAUGCAGAUAUUAUGACGCUAACAUCAGGUAAAAAAAACCUUUUAACUAAUCGUAAGAGAAUAACUAGGGACGUUAGACAGUUAUAGCCAUUUUAAUAAAUAUCUUUUAGAUUUUUAAAAAGUUAUUGGAAGAGCAAAGCAGGCAGUGACCUAAGUUACCAUUCAAACUUGUUUGAUGAUAUGUGUGUAAACAAUGGUUUAACUUCUAAUAUUGUUCAUGUACUGUAUUAUGUUUCUGUUUUGGGUUUUGGUAUGUGUGCAACGUUCAGAUUAAUAAUAAGUAUUUUUAGGUCUUGAAAAACAAGCAAAACUUUUUGCAUUCUAAAGAUUUUUGCUCUCCAUACACAAACUACUGAUUUUACAUAAAAAUAUCUUAUAACACAACUCAUAUUUGGCAAUGUAAGUUAACAGAAGAAGUAACAUAAACAUUUUACUCACCGACACUUGGUACUGUAAAUCUUAAAAUGUUCACGGUGGUCUUAUUUUUGCAUUUUUCGUGGUGAUCUCUUACCACAAAACUGUUACACUGCAAAUGUGUGUGUUUGCACUUAUACUACAGAAAUGUUUAAACUGCAUUGAGACAAUGGGAAAAAUCAACCAUUCCGUCCUACUGCGAAAUAAAACCACAGUGAAACUAAACGCAUUUACGGUAUAUAGAGAUAGACAAAAAUUUUGCAUUUCAUCGUCCAUCAUCCUCAAAUUCAUUCAAGGUUAAAUGCAAUCCAUUUUAACAUUCUACCUGCUAAAAUUGCAACUGGAAAGAUUUGGAAAACUGUCAGACGAUUCAAGUAGCAUCCACUACUUUUCAUCAAUGACUACCAGUAGGGUACUGAAAGUUGUGAUAGUUCUCAUAGUCUAUCCAGUUGAUUGAGUACAGUAACAGAAAAACACUGCUCCUUGCCUUUUAAAGUUGAGUAGAAACUUGGUACUGGUAUAACAAAAGUCAAAUAUCUCUACAUUGUGACAGGAAAAAAUGGUAAAACAUAGGGAAUCUGGACCUUUGAAAUGACAUGAUAAACUAAACUUACUAUAGCAAGUUACGAUGUCGGACUUACAACGGAGUAAACCUCAAAUCAUGUAAAUGCUUUCCUCAAAAUUCAAAGUGCCCAGUGUUGUAAGAGUACAAUGUAUCAGUAGUUUGGAAAGUGGAGUUGUAAACUUGUAAGUUGUAGGCAGAAUCAGUGAAACUGAAUGUGGUCCAUAGAUGAGAUUGUUUUGCACACAUAAAGCAGUUGAACCCUUGAAAAACUAGCCUCUACCAGGCACCGCGGAUC